CUUAAGCUUUUACAGUAAAAUAGACAUGGCUAAACGUGGAAAAUAUGGAAAAUGGUCAGAAGAAGACCUACAACAUGCUAUCAGAGCAUAUAGUAACAACAUUUAUGGUACACUCAAUCAGUGCCAAAGAGUAUAUGGUGUUCCAAAAGCUACAAUUAAGAGACACUCCGACAAUAAAAAUAUAUUUGUUAAUGGACAGAAAAAAUUUGGUACACCAACUACGUUUAACAUAGACAUGGAAAAAGAAUUGGUUAGUCAUAUUUUAGCUUUAGACUCCUUAUUUUUUGGAUAUACUAUUACUGAUAUAAGAAAAUUAGCAUACGAUAUAGCAGAAAAGUAUUCUCUAAAUCACAAAUUUAAUAAAGAGAAGAAAAUAGCAGGUAAAAAAUGGUUUUAUUUGUUUAUGAAAUUGAAAAAUAUACCAUCUACAUCAAAAAAUGUUGGUAAUGUUAGUUGGUACUGUCCUCUCUGUCAGGAAGAAAAAAUAAUUGAUAUUGUCAUGUGCAAAAAAUGUUCAAUAUGGUUUCAUGAAGAGUGUUUAGGAUUGAAUCGUGGUGACACAUUUGAAGAGUGUCAUUGGUGUACUGAAAAAAGUGACCAGUAAAAAUUACUACAGAUUCAAUAUUUAAAAUUAAAUAAAGACCAUGAUUACCUAUAUUUUAAAUUUAUUAGGUAUAAAGACUUAAUUAUAACUUAAGACUGAAAAUAU